UUUUGGUUUCACUUUCACUUUACAGAGCACGAUGUUGUGUAACAAAUGUCAUCUUGGAUAUAAACUAUUUAAAAUAUCGGUUAGAAAAUCAUGUUUUAGAGGCAAUUUUCAAAGAUUAUCAAGUCACCCAUUCUCUUCAUCGUUUGUAUGUCCCGUCAGUGAAAAAAGAAGUACAAAGGAAAUAUUAAUACAAAAUUACCGCAAAGAAAAAAGAAGAAGAAUCCUUUUACAAUCCUUCAGUGGAAGUUUUAUAGUGUUAAUGAUUUACAUGUAUUUUAAGGAAGAUAAUGACCUAGAUAUUCAGGCAAAUAUUGACUCAUUAAAAGCACAAGAAAAGAGAUGCCUUGAUGCACUUGAAGGUAGAAUUCCACUAGGAACAGAUAUCACACGGGAAAUGGCUGAAGAAGAUCUACAAAGAAUACAACAAGAACUUAAAGAAGAAUCACAGAAACUGGAAGGACUCUAGACAUGGCUGACCAUCAAAUGCUACCAGCUCUGAGACUCUAUCAUCUUAAAUUAUACUGACUUAUGUAAAUGAAUGAACUGCACAGUGAAAUAAAUUUUUUAGUUUUUUGAUGAA